UAUUUUAGUUUCAGCAAGACAUAUGGUCAAUUCUCAGGCCUCUCUUCCCGUCACAUUAUAAAUGAUUUUUCUUUCUAGUUUCUCAUUGAUAUGUGCAACAAUAAACAAGAUGUCACUCCGAACACUUGUGAUUGUAUUGUGCAGUUUAUACUUGGCAGAGAGUACCAAUUACCGGAGAUGGUGCUAUUUCACAAACUGGUCACAGUAUCGAGAUCAACCGGCUAAAUUUAAGCCACCCAAUAUUGAUACUCAUCUUUGCACCCAUAUUUCCUACGCUUUCGCUACACUGAAAAAUGGUUUGGUCACAAACUUUGAAAAAGAUGAUAUUUCACAUGCAUGGCAAAAAGGAAUGUUUGAAGAAGUAAAUGACAUCAAAAACACAAAUCCCCAACUAAAAACAUAUUUAGCAAUCGGAGGUUGGAACCUAGGAUCGAAGCCUUUCUCUGCUGCUGUAAUUAAUUCACAAACACGGAAGAGGUUAAUUGACUCAGCCAUAAAUUUAGCAAGACUCUAUAAAUUUGACGGCAUUGAAAUUGAUUGGGAAUAUCCAGCAGGUCGAGGUAGUCCCCCAGGAGACAAGGGACGAUUUACAUCCCUUAUAUCUGAACUAAAACAAGCUAUAACUUACGAAGCACUGAGAUCAUCAAAAACUCAACUUGGUUUGGCUGUGGCUGUGGCAGCUGGAAGGUCAAAAAUCGAUGCUGGCUAUGAAAUCGGCACCAUUUCAUCAUACUUAGAUUACAUCAAUUUAAUGACAUACGACUUUCAUGGUGCUUGGGAACACAUGACAGGGCAUAACAGUCCAUUGGUGAGAAGAGGAGAUGAAACUGGAGAGUAUUUAUAUUGGAAUUUGGAGGAUGCUGCUGAGUACUGGCUAUCAAAAGGUGCCCCAGCAUCUAAAAUGAAUAUUGGAGUUCCAACAUAUGGCCGGACAUUUACUUUAUCGAACCCUAACAACCACGGGGUUGGAGCCCCAAUCUCAGGUGCUGGCGUUGCGGGAACAUACACAAAGACAGAAGGUUUUAUUGCCUAUUAUGAGAUUUGUCAUUUUCUUAGGAACGGCGGAACUACAGUUUGGGAUAACCUCCAGAAAGCUCCGUACGCUUACAAGGGUGAUCACUGGAUAAGUUAUGAAAAUGAGAAAAGUCUUCAAUUGAAGGUUGAAUGGAUAAAGAAAAGGGGUUUUGGUGGUGUAAUGAUUUGGUCUCUCGAUUUGGAUGACUUUGCCGGAAUGUGUGGCGGACAGAAAUAUCCUUUAAUCACAUCUAUAGUAAACGCGCUUUCGACGACACCUACUCCAGGCGGUAAUACUAUAGGAGCGAUGUGCAUGAAUAAACCAAACGGAAAUUACCCGAUACAACAUCAUUGCAAGGAAUAUCUUCAGUGUCUUAAUGGAGUUGGUCAAAUUAACACUUGUCCACCUCACCAGAAUUAUUAUCCAGCGUUGCAUACUUGCAUACCGGAAGUGUCCUACCCAUGUCAACCAAAUCCCACUUCUCCAACAGUUAUCAAAACCAGAGGACAUGACAUAACUAACUUUUGCCAGUUCAAAUCAGAUGGAUUAUACGAGAGUCCAAAUGCAUGCAACGAAUAUAUCGAUUGUACCUUUGGAAAAGUCAAUCUAAUGCUGUGUCAGCAAGGACUAUAUUUUGAUCCCAAGUCGAAAUAUUGCUUCUACAAAGAUCAAGUACGGUGUCAAGAUGGUGGGACAGUGAUCCCACAUGAUUUCUGUGCCAAUAAACCUGACGGUUUCUAUGCUCACCCAGCCGAGUGCCACAAAUACUAUAUCUGCAGCAAUGGUGCUACUACUAAAAUGACCUGCUUGAACGGACAAAUUUUUGAAAAUAACCACUGUCAAGUUUCAAAUAAAGUUUGUUAAUUUUUC